GAUACUGAAUGACAGAAAAGCGUGGAAAAAGUAGGACUAUUCCGCCCCCUAACUGAUCAAUAAAAAAAAAUAACAUUUUCUAAUUUGACAUAAGUAAUUUAUGAUGACAGCUGUCGGUUUUCUUUAGGACCCCUCGUAUAUUUUCCGCUUGUUUUUGUGUUUAAAGUUCCGCUUACGAGCUUAAAGAAAUGAUUGUAUACUGAGAUAAUCGGAGGUUUAUCUGUGACGGGGAGAAGGUUAGCGCCGGUAACUGGACACGGUCGUCGUUACAGCCUGAGGCCAAGCAUUAAUACGUGCUAAUCCCCGAACAGAAAGCGGGAAAUAUGUCCUUUUCUUCAACCUGUAAAAACAUCAAUGUGUUACCUUCAUCGAGAGAACAGAUAAGUGACUCUGCUGGAAUGAUUGUGAGUCAAGGUGGAUGCUUUACCCAUGAACAUGGGGAGGUAUUGGGCAGUGAGCUUGGGCUGAUGGAGAUGACAGAGGUUGACUGUUCUUACCUUCAGCAUCUUCUCCAAGCCCAUGUGGAGGCACAGUCAGAGUUUCCAGAUGUCAGAUGUCACCUCUCUACAGUGAUGGUCAAAGAACAGGCCACAUCCACAGUGAUUUCUCCCUUCAGAAGCGCUCAGGCUAUUGAUCUAUCAACUUCAAAUGAAGACCACUGUAUAGUAAUGCCUGGAGAAAAGACACCAGUGUCUUAUGGAGAGGUGCCAGGUUUUGUGCUGGCCAGAAUUAGAGCUGAAGAAAGCCCAGCUGAACCUUUUACCAGUGACAAGAAGUCUGUACAGAAUCGCACCAGACCAGCUGCUAGAGUUUGCUUAGAGAAAAGAUUUAGCGCCAUGUGUGCUGAAACCACAAGACAACAAGAUAUACAGUCUGCAGUUCUCAGCAAUUUUUUGACAAUACUUCAGCAGUCUGCAGAGGUUCAAGAGACAGUCACGCAUCCUCCAAAGCAGAAGUGGGUGAAAAUGGACAGAGCAAAUUCUUUUGGGGUGUCUAGUUCAUAUAUAGAGGGUGUUUAUGGCCCAGUCACCAACACGUGUGGACAGGUUAUGAUCCCCAAGAGCGUUUUAAAUUUUCACCCAGCAGAAGAGCUGCCUUUGGUUAAUCUAGAAAAGGAUGCAGUGAUACCUGCUGCGGUGAUACCCAAAGCUGCUAAAGCCGCCCCAGACUCUGCUGGAGAGCCACAGAGCAGCAGGAGGAAAAUUGCUAGAUCUAGUAUGUUGCUUAGCCAGCGCCGGGAGAGACACAACAGUAAGGAGAGGGAGCGCAGGAAGAGGAUUCGUUUGUGCUGUGAUGAACUGAACACGUUGGUGCCGUUCUGUGACUCGGAGACGGACAAAGUCACCACCCUGCAGUGGACCACAGCUUUCCUGAGAUACAUUACUAAAACGUAUGGAGACACUUUUAAAGAGGAGUUCCAGAAAGUCUUCGCUCAUGAGAGAGAACGCUUUGAAUGUUUUCUACUGAGUGCCUGCCAACAUCUGUUCUGUAUUUGGAUAUUUAAGCAGUUUGGUAUCAAAGUAAGUGUUACUUCCUAGUUAGUUAAUGGACUUUUUUGAUUUCAGUGUUUACAGCAGAGUAUUCUGAAAAGCAGACUGUUCAUUUGAUAUGUAGAGAAGAGUAAUGUUUUACUGAAAAGUGGCUUUAUUUGUUCUUUCUUACAACAUGUCGCUGUAGCAUCUUACUGUACAUACAACAGUCACCCACAAAUAAUAAAUAGUAUUUAAAGUCAUGUAUAUUUAAUAGUUACAGCACCGGUAGUACAUAGUGGAUGUGGUCAUUGCAGAUUGGAAAAAAAAAAACUUUGUUCCUAAUAUUCUUAAACUGUAUUUUACAAUGUGUGAUUUAUGCUUUCAUGAGUUUAUUUUGCUUUUGAUUCUGAAGUCUGAAGAAUCAAAUUCACAUGUCAUAAAAAAAACAAUAACAGAAAACAAGCUGUAAAAAAAAGACUAUCAAACCUUUUUUUUCUUGCAUUAAUCUACACAAUGUCUGGGAACCUGGAUUUUUGUUUUUUAUUCCUUUUACAGUACAUACACAGCUCCUCCACAGAGGCUUUUAUGCUUCUUGCACUUAUUUCCAUGUUGAGGUAACAUCUGUGAUUUACAUAAUGGGCCAUGAUAAAUGCACAUUCACAUCAGAGACAGUCACCAUUUUUUAGUGUUAUCUGCAGAAGGAUGUUAAUCAAAGUGUUUGGGGCGUUGAAGCAACAUGUACAAAGUUUUUAUACACAAAGGACUCAUCAUUCACUUUCCAGGUGUUUGUAAGUCAAGUCUUGUCAUGUGAUAGUACUUGGAUCAGUGCAGUUGUUCUCUUGCACUUCUCCUUACCUCUCUCCAUUUCAUAUCAUAAAGUUGUUUGUUUGUUUUUUUGUCUCUCAGUUGCGCUGAUGUUCAUGUCACUUGCUGGAUGUUCCUCUAUUUUGUCAGAAAUAUCACACCGUCUGAUGUUACUCUUCCCAACUUGUGAUGCGUGUAUUUAAAUAAAGAGGACUUUUUUUUGUG